GCUGCCGCGUCCGGGACUGGAGCUGCCAGUGCGGGUUCGCGCCCCGGAGGCUGGCUGAGGUCUGGCGCCGCUUGGGCACUGCGCUCCAGAGGGCGGACAUCCCCGGCCAGCCCCUGCGCCCCGCAUUGCUGCCGAAGGGAGUUUGGGGGUCCUGUGCCCUAAAGCACUUUCUCCUCGGAGAGGGGAGAGAGGAAGAUAGGGUGGGAGUGGUGGGAAGCGACGCGCCUUUCUGCCUGUCGGGGUCGCGGCGCAGGACGGCAGUGCCAUGCUCCUCUCCACCCUGGCCACGCUCUGCCUGUGGCUGCGCCUGGCGCUGGGCGUGCGCGGCGCCCCGUGCGAGGCGGUGCGCAUCCCCAUGUGCCGGCACAUGCCCUGGAACAUCACGCGGAUGCCCAACCACCUGCACCACAGCACGCAGGAGAACGCCAUCCUGGCCAUCGAGCAGUACGAGGAGCUGGUGGACGCCAACUGCAGCGCCGUGCUGCGCUUCUUCCUCUGCGCCAUGUACGCGCCCAUCUGCACCCUGGAGUUCCUGCACGACCCCAUCAAGCCCUGCAAGUCGGUGUGCCAGCGCGCGCGCGACGACUGCGAGCCCCUCAUGAAGAUGUACAACCACAGCUGGCCCGAGAGCCUGGCCUGCGACGACCUGCCCGUCUACGACCGCGGCGUGUGCAUCUCGCCCGAGGCCAUCGUCACUGACCUCCCAGAGGACGCGAAGUGGAUAGAUAUCACACCAGACAUGAUGGUACAGGAAAGGCCUCUUGACGUCGACUGUAAGCGCUUAAGCCCGGACCGGUGCAAGUGCAAAAAAGUGAAGCCAACUCUGGCAACAUAUCUGAGCAAAAACUACAGUUAUGUCAUCCAUGCCAAGAUAAAAGCUGUCCAGAGGAGUGGCUGUAAUGAAGUAACGACAGUGGUGGAUGUGAAAGAGAUCUUCAAGUCCUCAUCACCCAUCCCUCGAACUCAAGUCCCACUCAUUACGAAUUCUUCCUGCCAGUGUCCUCACAUCCUGCCCCAUCAAGAUGUUCUCAUCAUGUGUUAUGAGUGGCGCUCACGGAUGAUGCUUCUUGAAAAUUGUUUAGUUGAAAAAUGGAGAGACCAGCUUAGUAAAAGAUCCAUACAGUGGGAAGAGAGGCUGCAGGAGCAACAGAGAACCAUCCAGGACAAAAAGCGAACAGUCGGGCGCACCAGUCGUAGUAAUCCUCCGAAACCAAAGGGAAAGCCACCUGCUCCCAAGCCAGCCAGCCCCAAGAAGAACAUUAAAGCGAGGAGCGCCCCAAAGAGAACAAACUCGAAAAGAGUGUGAGCUAACUGCUUUCCAAAACGGAGACUUCCUCUCAGGAUGAGGCCAGGCAUUGCCCAGACAGCCCGUGGAAGGCCACACACCCCUUGUCUUAACAGCGAAGGUACGCUUCAUAGGCACGUCUUGCAGCGUUUUUCUUAAUGAUAUGCUUCAGUUUUUCUUUUCACACCACUGCAAGCGUAGCGGUAGGGAUGCCCAUUGGUAUGGAAGGCAUGUGAAAGCUGGUCCAAAGAAAGCAUGUCGUGUUCAGAACAGCCUGUGUGCAUAUUCUAUGAGAGGUCCAGGUAGGGAAAUAUGCUUUUGUUCUUUCCAUGUGACCUACUACGUGCAUUGUAAAAUAAAUGCCAUAUUGCAAAAAAAAAAAAAAGCAUCUAAUUUUUUUUACAGAAUGUUUUAUUUCAUUUUGACUUCUGUUGUAAGAAUCUUAGCAAUUUUUUUAAAAAUGUGAUUGAAAUAAAAGCAAGAGGAAUGAAUGUUUAAAAGAUCUUUAUGUUUAUUGUUUGUGGAAGAAUUUUUGUAACGAAAGGGGAAUUUUAAACAACCUAGAAAAGUAGGAUACGGAAAAAUGUAAUGAGUAUUUUUGUGUGUGUUUUUUGUUGUUUGUUUUUUACAAAGAAGCCUUUCUCCUCUGUGUUUAGCUAUCAACUCUAGAAAAUAAAAUAAUAACGAUGAUGAAUAAAUAAAAAGGAAAG